CUGUCCCGCAGUCUCUGGUCAUCCCUGUGCUGUCCGCAGUCUCUGGUCAUCCCUGUGCUGUCCGCAGUCUCUGGUCAUCCCUGUGCUGUCCGCAGUCUCUGGUCAUCCCUGUGCUGUCCGCAGUCUCUGGUCAUCCCUGUGCUGUCCGCAGUCUCUGUCUCUGGUCAUCCCUGUACUGUGUCUGCAGUCUCUGGUCAUCCCUGUACUGUGUCCGCAGUCUCUGGUCAUCCCUGUACUGUGUCCGCAGUCUCUGGUCAUCUCCUGUACUGUUCACAGUCUCUGGUCAUCUCCUGUACUGUGUCCGCAGUCUCUGGUCAUCUCCUGUACUGUGUCCGCAGUCUCUGGUCAUCUCCUGUACUGUGUCUGCAGUCUCUGGUCAUCUCCUGUACUGUCCGCAGUCUCUGGUCAUCCCUGUACUGUCCGCAGUCUCUGGUCAUCCCUGUACUGUCCGCAGUCUCUGGUCAUCCCUGUACUGUGUCCGCAGUCUCUGGUCAUCCCUGUACUGUGUCCGCAGUCUCUGGUCAUCUCCUGUACUGUGUCCGCAGUCUCUGGUCAUCCCUGUACUGUCCGCAGUCUCUGGUCAUCUCC